AUGGGAUCUGACUUAUACGAAAUUCUUGAGAUCGAAUCGAGCGCAUCGAGCUCAGAGAUUAAGAGGGCUUAUAGGAAAUUGGCCUUGAAAUUCCAUCCAGACAAAGUAACGGAAGGAGAUAGGGAGACUGCUGAGAGCAGAUUUAAAGAAAUUAGCCAUGCUUAUGAAGUUCUCAUUGACGAAGUAAAGAGAGAAGAGUAUGACCUAUAUGGAACCACUGGUGAUAAGGGCCCCUAUAGUGAAGGCUUUUCAGGGAAUCCCUUCGAAAACUUCUAUGGUGGCCAUCAAAGUGGACAGGAAUUUGACGCUAACGAUUUUUAUCAAUUUUUCAAUGGCAUGAAUGGCAGCGGACAACAAUAUAGAGAUCACAAUAGUGGACGCUCAGCAGCUUCUAGAACAGAUGAUGCGAGACUUGAGAUAGAGGUAACACUAGAAGAUCUAUACAAGGGGAAAAUAGUCAGAACAACUUCAACUAGAGAUAUAAUAUGUGACCAUUGCAAAGGAACUGGCGCCAAAAAAAAUGCAUUAUCAAAGAAGUGCUCAGCAUGUGAGGGUAAUGGCUACGUAACUCGAAUAAGAAGAAUAGGUGCGGGAUUGGUAACUCAGGAGCAUGUUAAGUGUGAGAAAUGUGAUGCAUCUGGAGUCAUAUAUCGACCAAAAGACAAAUGCAAAAAGUGCAAAGGCAAGAAAGUUGUAGAAGAGACCAAAAUUCUCGAAUUCGAGAUUCUCAAGGGUUCUAAAAGUAAUGAGUCGAUCAUAUUAAAAGGGGAAUCAGAUCAGUAUCCUGGAAUGGUUACUGGAGAUGUUAUUUUGACUUUUAAAUGUACGGAUCAUCCUGUUUUCUCCAGAAAAGGCGAUGACUUAUUUACAAAAUAUAAAAUUCCCCUUGUUGAUGCACUAUGUGGAUUUUCAAGAGUACUAGUAAAACAUUUAGACGGUAGAGGAAUAUUUGUCUCCACUCCCAAAGGGAAAGUGAUCAGACCAUCUGAUUUUAUAAGAAUAAAAAACGAAGGCAUGCCUAUUAAAGUGAAUGAUAGUUCAAGCUGGUUCAGAGGAUCUCAAUCCAGAAGAGGUGAUUUAUAUAUUGAAAUUGAUAUAGAAUUUCCUCAAGAUAGCUGGUACUUAGAGAAAAACGAUAUCUCCAAGAUCAAAAACCUUUUACCCAAUAAAUUGUUAAAUAAGAGGGAUGCAGAGAAACAAUUAAUAAAUGAAGAAUCCUUACCUGAGGCGAACAUCGAUGUGAUAACAGAUUUUACAAUAGCUCGCCCCGAGACUUUACCCGAUUAUGAUGUUCCAGAAAACGAGGAGGAAAGCUACACUCGACAUGAAGAUAUUCCGGCUCAGCCUGAAUGUAAUCCCCAAUGA